AGCCAUUCGCAUGGUGAUCAACAACGAGCUGGUGGAGCGGACCAUCUACAACGUGGUGGGCGUCCUCGAUGGCGCCCUCGAGGCGGACCGCUACGUGGUGGCGGGAAACCACCGCGACGCCUGGGGCUUCGGGGCGAUGGAUGCCGCCAGCGGGGGCGCCGCCCUGCUUGAGGCGGUCAAGGCGAUUGGAGGGCACCACCGCCGCACCGGAUGGCGCCCUCGGCGCUCCCUGGUCUUCGCCAGCUGGUCCGGCGAGGAGCAGGGACUGAUCGGCUCGACGGAGUUCGUCGAGGAGUUCGCCGGCGCCCAGUUGAUGGGCGCCAGGGCGGUCGCCUACAUCAAUGCGGAUACCUGCGUCAGCGGGCCGGUGCUGCGGGCGGACGCCUCGCCGACGUUGAUGGAGGCGCUGCGGGCGGCCACAAGGCGAGUGCCGGCGCACCCAAUCAACCCUGAAGAAGAGAAGGAGGAAGGAGAAACUUUGAAAGCCAACAAAACGCUGUACGACAGCUGGGCGGAAAGUCUGGCGGCAGAGAGGAAAGAAGAGAAUGAAGGCAAAGAAAACGAUGAAAGUCAAAAGCUAAAAAUCGACCUCCUCAGCUCCGGCUCCGACCAGGUGCCCUUCACCUUCUGGGCGGGCGUGCCCUCCAUCAACGUCGAGUUCAAGCCAGACAAG